AUGUCCCGCCUCGACGUCAGCUUCCCAACCCUUGAUGGCCUGACCCUGCGUGGCUGGCUCUACCCGGCCUCGAAGCGUGGGCCGGGCAUCAUUGUUUCUCCAGGCUUUAACAUGCCCAAAGAGGCCUUCGUGCCCGACAUCGCCCAGUGGUAUCAGAAGCACGACAUCACGGCGCUCGUAUACGACACCCGGACCAUUGGCUUGAGCGAUGGCGAGCCCAGACAUGAGGUGAGAGUCAAGCACGCCAUUACAACCCUCUGGACCGCGCUUAUGAACCCUCGCAAGCGCGUCGAGGACCUCCACGACGCCGUGACCUACCUUUCCGGCCACGAGCUGGUAGACCCCGAGAAGAUUGCGCUCUGGGGUCUCUGUUUCGAUGGGAACAUGUCCCUCGCGGCGACAGCUCUGGACCCGCGCGUCCACGCCGUCGUUGCCGUGGCGCCCGUAAUCGACCUCCACGGAUUCCCUGAGCGGCGACGGGCCGUGCUGGAGCUGGCCAUGCAGGACGCGCCGGCCGCCUUACCGGGCAGGCUGAUCUUAGCUACCUCCCGCGCAGAGCCAAUCUACCUGCCGUACGUGAACGAAGACGGCAGUGUCCCACUAGGACCGAAACUGGGCCCGGACUUCAUGCCCACGCUAGAGCGCCUCAAGAUCCCCGUGGAGAACCGGGUGACGGUGCAGACGUACUACAACUCGUACUCGUGGGACAUCAUGACGCUCAUCGGCUACGUCAGCCCGACGCCCGCCAUGAUGGUGACGCCCGAGAACGACAUCGAGUGCCCCGCCGAGGAGCAGAUGGCCGCCUUCGCCAGGAUGGGGGAGCCCAAGACCUUCCACUUGCUCCACGGCAAGGGCCACCUUGACUGGGCCUUUGGCGACGUCGACUCCGUCCUGAACAAGCAGCUGGAGUUCCUGAAGGAUGCGUUGAAGUUCUAG